AUGAAAAAGUACCAAUACUCCCCGCUCACACUGAAAAGCCAAAUCCGCCUCCUGAAGCUCUAUGCCGGAGCGGAGGCGGAGGAGUUGUCCGGUGAGCUGGUGCACACCCCCCUCGGCGGAACGCCAUUCUUCACCGCGCUUUCCUACGCAUGGGGUGAUUCGGAGCCCCGAAAACUAAUUUUCUGCUCGGGUCUCAAGAUGGAGAUCGGCCCCAACCUCCACAGCGCCUUAUCACAUCUCCGACAGCCCGCCUGUGAGACCUUCCUCUGGGCGGACGCGCUCUGCAUCAAUCAGGAGGAUAUCCUUGAGCGCAACCAGCAGGUCAGGAUGAUGGGCGAUAUCUACGCCGCGGCGUGUUCUACAGCCAUCUGGCUUGGCGAGGAGUCGUGUGAGGUUAAGAUGGCCGUUGGCUGGUUACGCAGGUUCGCCGUAGCUUGGGACUCGUUGGAGUCUCACCCAGGCUCUAUCACCAGAAAUCAGGCCAAGGGAAUGUUGCAUGCGGCAUUCGGCAGAAACCAGACAGCUGCCUUCCGACAUAUUUGGGCUCUCCUCAACCGUCCGUGGUUUACACGGAAGUGGGUCAUCCAAGAGCUGGUCAAGUCGCAAAUGCCAAUAUUGGUGGUCGGCAGAAUGAUUCUCCCGUGGGCGAUGUUGGCUGGUUGGGUCAACUUCGUCGAGUGGUGCCCAAACAUAAAGGAGGUUUUCAUCCGAUUCUGCCCCACACCUCUCGAGGCGGGUGCGAAGGUGUUGGGUUUGACUCUAUUAAGGGUUUCACUUCUCACAAGCCUCGCGAUCCCAGAGGACCAACUCCUGCUGUUUCUCAUCGUGAGGGCACUAGAGUUCAGAUGCAAUAAUCCCCUUGAUCACGUUUUUGCGAUAGUAGGAAUCGCAUCCGAUGCCGACCGCUUCGAUCUGAUCGACUACGGAAGCCCAAUGGAGAAGGUUUGCCGGCAGCUCGCGUAUGCUUGCAUCUCCGACAGCAUGAGCCUCAAGUUGCUGUGGUCUCUUGUCUACCUUGCGCCGUUAAAUUGCCGAGUACGUUCUUGGGUGCCAAACAUCAAAAGCGUACUGGAGGACCAUGACGGAGGCAUCUUGGCUUCUCAGUUCCCUGUACAGCAGCACAGAGAUUAUAACGCAUCUGGAGAUACAGUGCUGCAAGCGCACUUAGACGAUGACGGGGAUAUGCUGAUGAUACGGGGCCGCAUCGUUGACAGGGUUCAACUUCUUGGGUCGGACAACAGAAGUCUUGGCGACGCUCGUAUCGUCGAAGAUAUGUUUAACGAUAAUAUCCAAUUCCAUCGAAAAAAUGUCCAAACGAUGAUGAGGCGGAGGUGGCAAUGGCUAAAAGAAUGUCUGGCCAUUGCGAAGACCUCGAGCACGACCAAUGUCGAGGAAGCUUUCCAAAAUGCGUUGCUGGGCGACUCCCUCAUCAACAAAGAGGUACCUCAGAGUUUGGCAGUGCUUAGGAGCGAGCUUUCCACUCAGAUACGUCUCCUCAAAACCAUGGCCUACGAGAAAGAUGAUGGAAGCUGGUUAUCCGCCAUGAUAGCAGGCAUGAGCCUCCGAUCGAGCCAUCUCCUUGAAAGCAUGAUAAUGGAAAAGCUGCACCGGCGGUUUGUCAGUACAGAAAACGGAAGGAUAGGCUGGCUACCACCGAUCACUGAGGAAGGAGACUUUAUCUGUGUCUUUGACGGUAUGGAGCUCCCGUACGCCAUCCGUCCAGCUUCAGACGGCCGAUAUCUCCUUGUUGGUGAAUGCAUCAUCCUGGGACUCAUGGGGGGGGAGGCGGUGGGGUUAUCUAGUGUCGCUUCGGAAAUCAUCGUUCUCCAAUAA